AUGGUAACAACAACUGAGAAGGGAAUCGACGUAUACGAAGCUGGCCCUGACGCUCCAUUUGCGGCAGUUCCAGACAAACCUAAUGGUAAGACAAACUUGAUGUGACAGGGUGUUUUUAGAACCUUCCUUUAUGGUUGGCCAUGAUAAAGAUAAGUUUCCCGCUUACGUAUUGGAACUGAAUCCGAAGAAUGACACGGAGUCGAUCAAGGAGAAGUUUAAUCGACUCAAGAGUGAUGCUUUUCUUUUGCAUGAACAAAUUGAAAGAGAAGCGCUAAAAGACGAAACGCCCGUGCAAAUACGACCAGUUGAUGAACUAAAAUUUCUUAUAAACUCUUUGAAGAAAACCAUCGAGACCCCCUCAGAGUAAGCGUUUUUUUCUAUGGCUUACUUGUGUUUAGGGCCUCAGAGAUUAAUUCUCAUCUGAUCCGUUUAAAUUCGUUGAAACACCGUAUAGAAACGUUGGAGAAAUCCCUGGGACUCGGCGGAAAUGUAGUUGAAGAUCAACCAUUACUCAAAGUCGUUGAGCAAUUGAAGACGAGAAUUCAGAUUUUAACGCCAGGAUACUUGACCAGUGCUUUCAAGCGAGUCCAGGAACUUAACAAACAAAACAGCGCUAACGUUGAUGCCAUCAGCAGUCUCACUACCAACGAAGUCGUCUCCAAAGAUGAAAAACCCACAAUUGUCGAGUUAAGUGCUUUAAUUAACCGGUGGGAUGAACGGUGCAAGGAACUAGUGCCUUUGGUGGAAAGUAUGAAAGUCUCGCAAGGAUUGUACCAAGAUGGUGAGUCAUGCACGUCGGAGAAACUAAUGAAAUUUUAGCCGAACGUGUUGUACUAAAAUGGGAAAAAUUGGUUACACUCAAGAAUAAUGUGGAGCAAACAUUGGCCUUUCACAAAAAAGAGCAGGAACUGAGCGAACAAAGGAAUUCACAAAGGAUCAAGAGGUUGUUGGAGCGAAUUCAUUCGUUGAAAGAAUCUGAUGCUUAA